UUCAGUCCGCUCCGAGGUCCGCUAGUCCUCCGCUUUCGUAAGCGUUUCGUGCACUCGCCGGAAACCGACGCCGCCGUCGUUGUGUCGUGUCCCACGCCGAAAUCGAGGCAUCGAAGACACACAAGUUUCUUACGUUUCAACAAUUACCAAAUUAGAAAAAAAAACCACCGUCGUCAUGAGUACCAAGGAGAAUAACGACGUUGCCGUCGAGAAGGCGAUUGAUAACGAAAAAACCUCAGAUGACGCGAAAUGCGAAAUCAAGGGAACGAAAAGGCCGGCCGAGGAUAAGAGCGAAGAAGUGAAGAAACAGAAAAAGGAAGAAAACGGAGAUGGCGAUGUUGAGGAGGAGGACGUUGAUGACGAAGUUGACGCUGAUGAGGAGGAAGUUGAUGGGGAUGGAGAUGACGAUGACGACGAAGAUGAUCUCCCCGAAGGCGAGGAUGAUCUUGCAGAAGAUGAAGAUGAGGAAGACGACGAUGCGGAAGGAGAAGUAGAGGGUGACGGCGAUGACGACGACGACGACGUAUAAUGAAGAAAGUAAGAAAAGUACGCAAGAAAGACAACGGGAGGCGGCGGGAGACGGAAAACGGGUGGACGGCGCCAUCAUCGUUCGAGACAGCGGGAGAUUCACUCUCAUAUUGAGGAGUUGAUUUAAAGUGUUGGCGCGUGUCUGCCCAAUUCUUAGGGGGUGCUCCCGCGAUAUACAAUUUAAAAAGGCUGCCACCUUGCCAGAGUUGCGACCGGCUGACACUCGGACGCCGCAGCCCUAAUGUCUUGGUCCUUCGCAAUCCUGGCCCCCAGUUAGCCAACAUCAAAUGCUAUUAGAUUGUUCAGCAUGAUUAAACUAAAUUAAUUUCACAUAAAACCGAUAGUAAUAAUAACAAUAACGAUGUGAUUUUUUUAUAUUUAGAAAAAUUCAAUCUUGAAAUCCAAAACGAUCUUGUAAAACAAAACUGUUUUCAAAACUAUACUUCCACGUAAAAUGUUUAACCUGUAAUAUGCAGUUCGUUUGAACAACCUAAUAAUUGUAUUUGUCCGAUAACUGGCUUUUUUCAAGGGACAGUUUUAUAAUGAAAACUUAUUUAAGAUAUAUAUAUAUAUAAGAGAAAACGAAAAAAAAACCAACAAAACAAAAAAAAGUAAAGAUAGAAAAAAGCUCUAUUGUAUUUAAAUAGUGUAAAAUGGACAUUUAUGGGGUGAUGAUUUUUUUUUACAUUUGAAAUGAAAUUUACGUUCGUAGUUCUACGAAUGUCUCUCACCUAGCGCGUGUGACAAGAGUAUCUUAUUGAUGCAUAUAGACGAACGAACGUAUAAUAGGGAGUUUGUAAUAGCACGAGUGUGAAAUUCGUGAAUAAUCGAUGAAUUUGAGAAGUUGCAUUGCUUCGAAAGAUAUGAAUUAUAAUUGUCCAUACUUACGCCUUGUUUUUUUUUUUAAAUGCAUGGGAAAAUCCGAUAAUUCACCGUAAAAUAGCAAUCGUCAGUUGAACAGUACAGUUCCAGCGCCGAUCAUGUUUACAGAAUUUCACACUUUUGCCUCAAAGUCGAUAUGGGACAUGGAAGUAUCGAAUUAUGCAUGCGCCGAAAAAGCAGUGUGGAUGAGUAAUUGUGUGUCUUUAACUUUGCGUUAUAAUUAUCAUACAUAGCAUGUAUAAAGUCAUAAACUAAGGAACAUUUUAUUAUUAAUACUGACGAUUAUGAUAUUACGUAACGUUAUACAUGAAAGCGUCACGUGGGGGGGUAGGGGGAUCGUCACGGCAUACAACGAGCUCUGAGUAGAGAGAGUAUUGUCAUGUACGAACAAAUUGUUAACCCUUUUCCAAUAUUUGCUCCAAUAUAAUUUUGAAGAAACUCUAUUGCGUCUAAUGUAGAUAAGUUACGAGCAAGGAAGAAAAAUUCAGUUUCUUCUCUCUGCUUAAAUAAUUAGCUACCCAAGCAAUUUUGAGACUCCCCCCUUUCCCAUUUUUUUAACGAUAAAGUUGCGGUUUCGUUUCUGUGCUCGCUCUUUGUAAAAUAACAACAAAUGUAAUUUUGAUAAUAGUAAUAGUAUUACUACAACAACUUGUUUAUUUAUUUGAAAAUACUCUUUCCGUUCAAGUGCGUUCUUAUGUUGACAUCAUUUUCACAUUUACAUGUACGAAAUUCAUGUAUAAUUAAUUUGAAGACAAUUUUUUUUUUUUUUAUUCAUUUCUCCUGAUCAUCGUUUUACGCAUAGUACAUUGUAUUUUAAUAUAUCGCCAAUUUCUGUAUAUAUGCAAUAUAGCGCUGAUGCUACACGCAGACGCAGGAACGUGUGGUCGCCUUUUUUUUUUGUUUUUUUUUCCCCUUGCAGAAAGGAUUCAUGAAUAUACGCGCCUUACACGGCGUGGAACGGCAAAAAUUCUUUUAAUAUUUGAGAUUACCGCACCGUGGUUAGGUUUCAUGAUUUCGGAUGUGCUCCACAUCUAAUAAAUUAUUAUCGUUUUGUAUGCAGUGGGAAUCUCUUGCAGCGGACAAAUUUAUAUCCGGUAACGUCUCUCAGUUUGUCCCUGCUGUGUGUGCGGGGAGGCCGCUUUGAGAGAUCCUCAAGAUAUGCACACGCAGGCCAUGUAUACACAUUUUUUACUAUAAUGCCAACGAAUAGUCGGGUCGAUUACUUCGACUGUAGGCUGUUGUAACAGCCACCGAACAAAGUAAAGAAAAUAGAAAAUUAAAAAAUUGUCAUACGAAAAACAUCGUAGUAUGAGGCAACACGGAUGACUGAUUUGGCGAUACAUAGAUUCACGUAUUAGGUUUCCUUAAAUUUUUAUUAAAUAAUAUAACCAUCACCAUCGAAUUGAGUAAACACCUGAUUGGUAUAAUUUAACAAGAAAAUUAUGACCCCUAAGAUUGAGAUACAAGUAAUAAGAUGUUCUAUCUUUCAAUGUCAUAACUUAUUCUGGGAGACUGGUAGGCAAAUGAGGUGAUGAGACAUUGCGGUUACGAUACCAUUGUACCAUAGCUGCAUAAUAUUAAUAAUAAUAAAUAAUGAUAAUAAUUUGAA